UUUGUUAUUUAUUUAUUAAUUUUUUUCAAUCGUUAUUGCGUUGUAAUUAAGCUAAUAAUUCUUAUCAUUCGCAGUGAAAAACACUUUAAUAAAAAUCCCACCGACACCUACUUUACAGAUCGCUACCAUACCGACUGCGGAAACAACAAACAAAAUCUGUCAAUCAAUAAUGUGUCAGCCAUAACCCCAAAAAAGCACAAAAACCUUCCAAUAGUGUUUCGCUCGUUUGAUUUUCACGAUGAUGAGUAUCACGGGAGCCUUCUCCAGCCUCGGUAUCAACGAACGCAAAGAAAAUUCCACCGAUAAAAAAAUCCCCAAAAACCGCAGCACCAUCAGUCUUCCUAACAUGGUUCUGUCUGAAAGACCCAAAUUUAUCCGAGACGUGUGCGACGAUGAGGUAGAAACGACUGAACAACCAGUAGAUUUCAGCAAAAAGUACUGUGAAACUAAACUAAUCCACCCUGAAAAGGAUAAUACUCGUAGUUGCACUUUCAACAAUGUGGUGAAAAGUUAUAACAACAGCUUCACGAUGUAUGCUGAGACUGAUUUAGAUCAACCCACGGACUACUCGUUGAGGUACGCAGAAGACGAUUCUGACUCAGAUCGGUGCAAUAAAAUUUCAAAGACUGAAGCACCUGAAUUUGUACAGGACACUAUUAAGACUUAUUGUACUGAGGACACCCCGUAUGAAACGCCGUUUAAUUUUUCGACAGCGACGUCAAUGUCGGAUUUACGGAUUGACGAUAAAGCUGCCAUUGUAGAUAAAUUGGAUGAUUUGAAAGCCGUAGAUGUGGCAGUUAAAGAAAUAUCAAAUAAUCGUCGAGGGAAAAUCAAGUCUGAGUUCAGUUCAGGUUUAAUGUCGCCAGAAAAGCCAGUUAAGUAUUGUGAAGAAGGAACCCCAGGGUAUUUUUCUCGAGUACCGAGUUGUGGCUCUUUAAACUCAAUACAUGUAAAUGACCCCCCAAAACAAGAAUUAAAAGAAUACAAUAGUAAAAAGGAACUCAGAAGGGUGAAUAAAUUUCCGGCUGAACCCAAAGCUGUGAAGUUUGAAGAAGUCGUGAACUACGCAGAGGAAACACCUUUAAUGUUUUCAAGGUCUAGCUCAUUAGCGUCCUUGGAUAGUAUAGAACAACACUCAAUACAUGAUGAUCGAAGUUCCGUUGUUUCCGAUUUUAGUCGGGUCACCAGUGGCGUAAUCUCCCCCAGCGAGUUACCCGAUUCCCCGUCCCAAACCGUCCCUCCAAGCCCCCGACCCAGAAAAACCCUGAUCAUUUUUCCCACAGUUCCCCCAAAGAAAACUGAAGAGAUUAUACCAGAGACUGCCCAAAACGUGCCAAAGUCUAGCGUUUUUGAAGAUGUAGUGAAGAAAUUUAAAGUUGAAAGUACUCCGCUUCAUUUUUCCACAGCCACGAGUCUGAGUAGUUUAAUUGAUGAUGAGGUGGAUUCAAAAAUUCCGCAUAGUAACCAAGAAGCGUGUGGUGCUGAUGAUUCUGUUGAAAAUAAAGCAGGAGCUUUGAAUAAUUUGGACCUAAAUAAUGACUUGAGUGAGAAUUCUGAAGAUGAGGAUAUUCUGGCGGCUUGUAUAAACAUAGGGAUGCAGAGUAAUAGAUACAGCCAACCCAAACCCGACACCCCCUCACCAACCACCGUCCCACCCACUUACAAAUUCGCCACCCUCCCCGAAAUCGUCGAUCUUUCCAAACCGGAACUUCCCGUCAAAAACUCCCCCUACGUCUUCCCUGUAAAACCCCCAGAAGACUUACUCCAAAAAACCGACGUCACAAGCGACUCCUUACGAACUUACUGCACCGAGGGAACCCCCGCCCUCCUGAGUCACGCCGGUUCCAACUCCGAUCUCAGCGUUCUCUCACACCUAAACGAGAAACCGAUCUCAUUCAAAGAUUCGCUCGAAAACGAUAAGCACGACCUCUUGGAUUCCACGACUGCGGCUAGGGAAACCGGACACGAAGAACUUUGCGAGAAAGAGGACCUAGAUUUUGUGGACGUCGAAAAUUGUAGUAAUACUUCCCGGCGGUCCUCGUUUUCGAGUUUAAGCGACGAUUCUCACGAGUCUGAGGAAGCUCUACUUGAAGAGUGUAUGUUAGCGGGAAUGCCGAAGAGCAACAGUCCGUGUAAGUCGGUGACUUUGGUUACUGAAGAAAGUCAGCAGGUGCCUGAUCUUGAUAAAGUUGGCCCUGAUGUGGGGGAAAUCGCGUCUUCGGAUGAAGACGACGUGGUUAUUUUAGAAGACUGUAUUAAAAUGGGGAUUGAAAGCAACAGGUACAUCCAGUGCAAGCCAAAAUCGACUCCGGUGUCUAGCGAAUUCAAAACUCCACCCAAUCCAACUAUCGCUAUCAAUGGAGUACCGAAACACCCCUUAACAAAUUCUGCAGCCACUUUUUCGUUGAAUCAAAAUUCUUCCAAAACCCUUUCCCCCCCCAUUAGCAACGACACUGUAAAAAACUACUGCACCGAAGGAACUCCAGCCAUUUUAAGUCACGCCGGUUCUUGCUCAAACCUCAGCGUACUCUCGACCCAAAGUAACGAAAAUGGCAACUUCUCCGACGAAGAAGACGACGAAAAGUUGUUGGAAGAAUGUGUCAAGUACGGCAUUGCCGCCAUCACCCAGAAAAAUCAAGUUUUAAUCCGUCCCCCGGAGCCGCCCCCGGACGACUCCGACUCCACCUCCUCCCUCAGCGACGACUCCUUCGAGGCCGAACAAGCCCUCCAACAGUGCAUCAGGGCCGGCAUGCCCAAACGCACCCGUCCGUCCCAGGAGGACUCCAGCGAGCUCACCCCCGCCGAAAAAGCCCUCUUGCAACAGUGCAUCCUCGAGGGGAUGAAAAAGUGCAGAGCUGUCCCCAAGCGCCAGCCCGAAGAGGACUCCUCGGAGCUCACCGAGGCCGAACAAGCCUUACUCCGGCACUGUAUCAUAUCUGGAAUGCCCAAAAACAGGAACGUGUCGACGGGGAGACCGUCGGGGUCACGUGAAUCGGCGGAAUUAACCGAGUCGGAACGACUGCUUCUACAGCAGUGCAUCAUGGCAGGGAUGCCCAAAAGUCGGAAUAGAGGGGGGAGCCGGCAAGUCGGGCGCAGGGUGAAGGAGGGGGAGCGGGAGCACACCUGUUGCAUCCAUUGUCCGAAGAAUAAGGCGAAGCAGGGGUAUAUAAAAGGAAAAAAGAAAUAUAAGGAGAGGGGGGUGGUGCAGGUAAGGGAGAGCAGGGAUGUGAAUAUCGUGUACGUGACGAGUCAGAUUCUGACAGUCAAGGAGGUGGUGGACCGUACUCACGAAAAUUGGGUGUAGGGGUUGGGAUGACUAUACUAUACAGGGUAAUACUAUAGAUGAAAUGUGUGUAUUUAUUUAUUCAGUGUCCGAAAUUUAAGUAGUAUAAUUUGAAUUCAUGAGUCACAACCUUGAGACUGUUAUCAUAAAUUCCACAAUUCCUAUCAGCGCUUCGAUACCUGCAUUUGAAACAUAACACUGAAAUAACCGGCAGUAUUCACAUACCAUAGGUGUAUAUUCACUAGGUGAUUACGUAUGAUCACAGUAUUGCGUAUUAUUUUACCGAAAGAAAUUGGGAUUUAUGAACUUGCUGUUGACGUUGACAAAUUCUAAUUGUGGAAAUAAGUCUACACCUGUUAAGAAAUAAAAAAGAAAAUGUUGCCCCGCCCACCCACCCUGUCUCAAUUCUGAUGAUUUUUUUAUUCAUCGUGAGCCAAGAGGGCGGAGGUUAACUGCAAAAUCUUAUUUCUCUACGAAAAAUUAAAAACAUGUUUUUAAAGUUAAACCCAUACCCGCCCCGAUCCUAAUUCUCAAUUGUGAUGAAUUUUUCAUUCGUUGUCAGAUCGAGGGGCGGAGCUUCAUUGCAAGAUCCAUAUUUGUCUACAAGAAUUUAUCAUUUGAAACAUGUUUUAAGCUUCUAAGAAUAAAAAAAAUAAUCACGAUUGAA